AUGGACUCGUGUACAGCCAUGCCCGGGAUGAUGUCAUCGCCCCAUCAAGCCUCCACCAUUUUCACUCUGCUGCUUCAAACCAUAAUGACGUCCUAUUACAACUUAAACAAUCCGCUCGAAUACCCCGCCGAUCGUACGGAAGAGAUUCUAAAUUCGAGGAAGGAAUUCGAUUUCGUGAUAAUCGGGGGUGGAACGGCAGGAACCGUUUUGGCGCGCAGAUUGACGGAGGUGGAGGAUUGGGACGUGCUGCUGGUCGAAAGGGGAGACGAUCCUUUGCCCGAAACCGACGUACCCGCUCUUAUUUUCAACUCGAUUGGCAUGUCCCAGGAUUAUCGUUACAUGACCGAGUACCAAGAGGGUGUCUGUAUGAGUAUCAAGGACAAGCGAUGCAAAUGGUCGAAGGGCAAGGCUCUCGGGGGAAGCUCGGUGAUCAACGCCAUGCUGCACGUGUUCGGCAAUAAGAGGGACUACGACGAUUGGGCGAGGGAGGGGAACGAGGGAUGGGAUUACGAACAGGUUCUCCCAUACUUUCGAAAAUCGUUGAACUGCUCGCCGGAAUACCUGGCCCGAUUCGGUGCCGAUUACUGCGGCACGGACGGGCCGAUGAAGAUCAGAAAUUACAAUUACACGGUAACGGAUAUACAGAACGUGAUACUGGACGCGGCGCGGGAGGUCGGAUACGAGAUCCUGGAGCCGUUGAACGGGGACCGUUUCAUAGGAUUCGGGAAGGCCAUGGGCACCCUCGACGAUGGACGGCGUCUGAACGGCGCCAAAGCCUUCCUCUCUCCCGUCAAACACAGGAAGAAUCUGUACGUGAUGAAGUCGAGCCGGGUGGACAGGGUGUUGCUCGAGGAUGGGCGGGCGGUUGGAGCGAGGAUCACGUUGAAGAACGAUCGAAGUAUCGACGUGUGGGCGACCAAGGAGGUGAUCCUGUCGGCGGGGAGCGUGGCCAGCCCCCAGAUACUGAUGCUCUCGGGGAUCGGGCCCAAGGAGCAUCUGGAGGAGAUGGGUAUAUCACCUGUCCACGAUCUACCCGUUGGGAUGAAUCUUCAGGAUCACCUUGUUUGGAUAGGCAUGUAUUUCACGUACGUAAACGAAUCCAUCAACUCGCCCCCGCCCGUGGAUGCGAUCUACGACGCGGCCUACGAAUACUUGAUCCACAAGAAUGGCCCGUUGCGCACUCUACCGCUCGAUCUAAUAGGCUUCGUCAACGUGACCGACUCCUCCUCCCGGUAUCCGGACGUUCAACUCGUGAUAUCGCCGAUUUAUCGUUUCGACAGGAGCAUAUUGACGAACGUGAUGAACAGCUUCGAUGUGAUGGACGAGGUGACUGCGGACAUGUCACGCGUGAUCAUGAAUACGAGCGUGAUCAUGAUUAACUCCAUACUGUUGAAACCUAAGAGCAGAGGGGUGUUGAGGUUGCGAAGCACGGAUCCCGCCGAUCCCGUCAAGAUUUACACGAAUUACCUGGUUGAGAAGGAGGAUGCGACGACGUUGUUGAAAUCCAUGGAUGUGAUCAAGGCUCUGCUCAACACCGAGUCCCUGAAGAAGUACGGGAUGCAGUUGUAUCACCUCGAUAUUCCCGGAUGCCGUCACACGGAACCCGAUACCGAGGAAUAUUGGGAAUGCAACAUCAGGCACAUGACUGCCUCCGCGUUCCACGCGUGUGGAACGGUCAAGAUGGGGCCGGCCGACGACUCGAGUACCGUCGUCGAUUCGAGAUUGAAAGUGCACGGGAUCGAGGGUUUGCGAGUGAUCGACGCGUCGAUCAUGCCGAGCAUCAUUAGCGGGAAUAUCAAUGCACCGACUAUGAUGAUUGCCGAGAAGGGGGCCGAUAUGAUUAAGCAGGAUUGGUGCAAGGAUUUGCGAGCAGAGGAAGGUGGCGAUUCGCAGCAGACGUGCGUGUAAAAGAUCGGAUGUGUAGUAUAGUAGGCUUGGACGUACUCGUAUAUUCCUCUCUAUCGUGCCAGAGAGAUGGGCAAAAUUGUAACGAAGCUGAGAAUAAAAUUGUUUCAAUAAAAUU